AUGUAUAACUCUACCAUAGUGACUGAAUUUCUACUUACAGGAUUUUCUGAUGUGUGCGAGAUCAGAAUUUUGCUUACCAUCCUAUUUCUGUUGAUGUAUGUGGCUACUCUAGUGGGAAACUUUCUCAUAGUUACAGUAAUCACCACUGACCGGAGUCUUCAUACCCCAAUGUAUUUCUUUCUUCGGAAUCUGUCUGUCCUGGACAUGUGUUACAUUUCUAUCACUAUACCCAAGGCAUGUGUCAUCUUCCUGUUUAACAACAGGGUGAUCUCCAAGGUUGGAUGUGCAACUCAGAUCUUCCUCAUGCUUUUAUGUGCUUCAGCAGAAUUGCUGCUACUCACCAUCAUGGCUCAUGAUCGCUAUGUGGCCAUCUGCCAGCCCCUCCACUACCACAUGGUCAUGAACCCUCAUGUCUGUGUCCAGAUGACACUAACCUCUGUGCUCAGUGGCCUGGUCUAUGCAGGUGUGCACACUGGCAGCACAUUCCGGUUGUCCUUUUGUCAGUCCAAUGUGAUCCAUCAGUUUUUCUGUGACAUUCCCUUUCUGCUAAAGCUCUCCUGCUCUUACACAUUAAGCAAUAAGAUUGCAAUUGUUGCCUCUACAAUAAUAAUGGGUGGUGGCUGCUUUUCCUUCAUCACCAUGUCUUAUAUUCACAUAUUUUCUACUGUUCUCAAGUUACCAACCAGAGGAGAACGAGGAAAGGCCUUUUCUACCUGCAUCCCUCACAUUCUCAUAGUUACAAUCUUUCUCAGCUCAGGUGCUGCUGUGUAUUUGAAGCCAACAUCCAACUCAUUUUCAAUCCAGGACAUGAUUAUGUCUGUGUUCUAUUCCGUAGUCCCUCCAUUCUUGAAUCCUAUUAUCUAUAGUCUUAGAAACAAGCAGAUAAAGGAAGCUGUAAAGAGAAUCCUAAGAAGAACAGUCACUCCAUUCAAGAAAGCAAUGAGAUAA